AUGCUUCCCCUGCUUCCAGUACUUCUAGGUUUCCUUUUCUUUGGGUUCCUCUGGUGGGCAUUUAGCCCCAGAGGCAACAAAAAGAAUAGAGAACCAUUGCCUCCCAGCCCUCCUGCAGAUCCCAUCAUAGGACAUGUAAGAGUGGUGCCGGCCGAGAGGCCUGAGCUGACCUAUGUGAAAUGGGGGAAAGAACACAACACCGACAUCCUGUAUCUCAACUUCUUUGGAAAGUCAACGAUCGUCCUCAACAGUGUGCAAGCAGCGAUGGAACUGCUUGACAGAAGAGGAGCAAAGUAUAGUGACAGACCAGACUUCCCUUUCAUGAAAGAACAAGGAUGGCAGCGAAACCUAGCUUUCUUCUCAUCUGGACCAUCGUUUAGACGCCACCGGAAAAUGUUUCAAAAUGCAUUUACGACCGCAAAUUGUGUGCCGUACAGAGAAGCUCAAGAAAUGGAAGCGCGCAAAGUUGUUGGACGGAUUUUGAAAACGCCUCAAGACUGGCAGUCGCACCUUAUCAUGUUUGGCACAACGGUCAUCCUGCGCAUCGCGUAUGGCAUCACGGUGGGAGAGAACGAUGAUCCAUACGUCGAGCUCGCGAAGAAAGCGUCGUUCAUUAUAAGCAAUGCAGGCCAAACUGGUGCAACAAUGGUGGACAACUUUCCAUUUCUUCGAUAUUUACCAAAGUGGCUAAGCAUUCUCCCUUCACUCAAACUCGCACGCGAAUACUACCCCUACGUCCGCGCUCUUCACGAUUUGCCUUUUGCUGCCGUGAAGACCGCCAUGUCCCAUGGGGUCGCAGAGACAUCCUUCGUCAAGAAAAUGCUUGAAGAGAUGGCAGAAAACGACGAGAACGAGAAGAAAGACACCGAAGCUCAAAUAAACACCUUGACAGACGCAGAUGUUAAUGGUGCUGCUGGCACAAUAUAUGUCGCUGGUCAAGAUACCUCCUUGGCUACUCUCUCUAUGUUUGUACUAAACAUGACUGAGCAUCCGGAAGUGCAGCGAAAGGGGUGGGAAGAAAUUGAGUCCGUGAUUGGAAAGGAGCGUCUGCCUACUUUCGCAGACCGAGAUAAACUUCCAUACGUCGACUGUAUCAUGCAAGAAGUCUUUAGGCGAUACCCGGUCGUGCCUUUGGGUGUGCCCCACAAGUCUGCAGAGGAUGGAACAUACAAGGGAUACUUCAUUCCUAAAGGUAGAUCUACAAUGGUCGCAAACGCGUACGCCAUGUUGCGGGAUGAGAAUGUUUACAAAGACCCCGGGACGUUCAAUCCCUCUCGAUAUCUUCCAAUAGAGAAAGGUGGAGCUGGUGAGCCUCUACCCAUAGGCCAGUUCGGCUUCGGUCGUAGAAUAUGCCCCGGACGCCACUUGGCUACAGCAAGCGUGUGGAUGGUCAUGGCAACCAUGCUCGCAACACUCGAGAUUUCGAGACCCAAAGACAUCAACGGUAAUGAUAUCAUACCCGCUCCAACGUUCAGUACUGGUAUCGUCAGUCAUCCUGCUCCCUUCCUUUCUGUUCUGAAGCCACGUUUCGAAAAUGUUGCAGAGCUUCUAAGCUAGAUCUAAGUGGUAAUAUCUCAAUUGAUCUCCUUUUUACUUUCGUGUGACAAUUCUUUCAUGACGCGAGGG